AUGACCCUGGCUCCAGACCCCAGUAAGCAGCUCUUUCCACUUGGCCCCCUGGGUACCUGGAGACAGCCAGGAACAGGUGUACCCCUGAUAGAGAACAGGUCAGAGUCUCCACUCUGUCCUCAGUUAAGAACGGGUGGCUUCCUUUACAAAAGAUGGAGUCAUAUUUGAGCUACCCAGCCUGGAUAGCCUAAGCCUGCGCUACCAGGUAAGAUACAGCUGAGCCAAAACAAAAUUAAUAAUUCAACCAAAUAUUUAGGAAGAGGUCAUUUCAUGGAGUCUGUGAAGGAACAAACCACAUGGAAAAAGUGGUAAGCAAGUUAGGUCCAAAAAACUGAUUUUCAACAACUCAAAUGAUUGUAUUGUGUAAGAGGUUUCAUGAUGCUUGUAUCUAAACAAAAGUAGAUCGUUUUAAGAUUGUUCUAUGCAUCAGUUGGGGUCUCUAUACUCUUCAAUAUGAGGUCCUAAACCUAGCAUGAAAUGAGUCUUUGUAGUUGUGUGGGUUAAUAUAGUCAAUAUGUUUCCCUUUAGAUAAGUUGAGCCAAUGCCCAUGGGGUAAGUUGAGUCAAUGGUUGAGCCAAUGGCAAGUUGAAAAGAUUGAAGGGUUCUCUUCCCAGGAGUAAUGCAAGGCAUUAUAGAUAUGAGGUAAUAACUGGGAUAUGAGGUAAUAACUGGGAUAUGAGGUAAUAACAGGGCCUGGCCUAUGUUAAAUGUUUUUUUUUAAAGUGUUUGUUAGGUGUUAAGCCUGUGUUAAAAGAUGCUUAAAUGAUUAAAAGACAAAAAGCGAUUGUGAUUGUGUUGAAUUGUGUUUGGAAAAUAAAAGAUAGACAUCUUUUUAAACAGGUUGUGGUAAUAUUGAAUUCAGUACAGAAAUGUGUAGGCGGCUUAACUUACCCCAUACCUAUGUUUUCAAAACUGUAAAGUUCACAUUAAUUCUGAUUAUUUCCAGGGAUGCUGUGACGAGUACUGAGGAUAUGAAGACGCAGGAGUCAACAAUGUAAAGGUUUACAUUACACUGAGCAAGAGAACAACAAAGAGUGAAUACACGACAAGACACUAACAAUCACACAGAACACAACGCUGAACAGUCCAGGGCUAUAUAGAGGUGGUGAUGAGAUGAUGAGGUGCAGGUGCGCUGGAGGUGAUAAGGGUGCGUUGGGUUUCCAUUCCGGUGUUGCCGAGGUGGUGUGCUCAGACCAGUGGCUCAGUAGACCGGCAAAUCAGAGCCCAGUAGGGGAUCACGGGAGGAGACGUGACAGAUACACAGCAUCCUGAUAUAUAUGUAAAUAUCUUUGUUAGAAAAAAUACUAUAUUUUCCUUGACUGAAUUAUGCUGAAUGUAAAAAAACUGCUAAAUUUACCACACUCUCCCCUACAGUAGUAAUUUUAUAUGUAAUGAAUAUUGUAAGAUUUUUUACCUCCCUGGUUGAAAACAAAGUCAGUCACUCCACGACCAGGGAGUUACGUGGAGUUUUAAAAUUUCUCCGGAAUUUCCUCUGAGUCUGUUUUUGCCUCCUAGUGUGGAAUUAAAAUGUGAUGUUGACAGAGAAAUCCAAGCAACAGGAAUGUUCUCCCUCUGUGAAUUCUGCUAGAAUUCUUAUGCAUCAUCGCUGAUGUGACCACAUUCUUACCAUCCUAGUCAAGGCAACGCAUUAUUGAGUUUUCCCCCUUGUUUUCAGUAAUACAAAGCCCUGUUUUUCUUUAAAUAGAUCCAUGUCUGCAGUGUAUGAUACCUUUCACUAAAAUACUAUCCAUAAACCAAAAAAUGAGUUUGCUGUAAUUUCUAUAUGUGGACACAAGUAUGUCGACACCUGCUUGUCGAACAUCUCAAAAUCAUGGGCAUUAAUAUGGAGUUGGUCCCCCCUUUGCUGCUAUAGCAGCCUCCACUCUUCUGGGAAGGCUUUCCACUAGAUGUUGGAAUAUUGCUGCGGGGACUUGCUUCCAUUCAGCCACAAGAGCAUUAAUGAGGUUGGGCACUGAUGUUGGGCGAUUAGGCCUGGCUCGCAGUCGGCUUUCCAAUUCAUCCCAAAGGUGUUCGAUGGGAUUGAGGUCAGGGCUCUGUGCAGUCCAGUCAAGAUCUGGACAAACCAUUUCUGUAUAGACCUCGCUUUAUGCAUGGGGCAUUGUCAUGCUGAAACAAGAAAGGUCCUUCCCCAAACUGUUGCCACAAAGUUGGAAGUACAGAAUCAUCUAGAAUGUCAUUGUAUGCUGUAGUGUUAAGAUUUCCCUUCACUGGAACUAAGGGGCCUAGCCCAAACCAUGAAAAACAGCCCCAGACCAUUAUUCCUCCUUCACCAAACGGCACUAUGCAUUGGGGCAGGUAGCGUUCUCCUGGCAUCUGCCGAACCCAGAUUUGACCGUCGGACUGCCAGAUGGUGAAGCGUGAUUGAUCACUGCAGAGAACGCGUUUCCACUGCUCCAGAGUCCAAUGCCGGCGAACUUUACGCCCUCCAGCCGAUGCUUGGCAUUACCCAUGGUGAUCUUAGGCUUGUGUGCGGCUGCUUGGCCAUGGAAACCCAUUUCAUGAAGCUCCCGAUGAACAGUUCUUGUGCUGAAGUUGCUUCCGGAGGCAGUUUGGAGUAGUGAGUGUUGCAACUGAGGACAAACGAUUUUUACGCAUUACGCUCUUCAGCACUCGGCGGUCCCGUUCUGUGAGCUUGUGUGGCCUACCAGUUCACGGCUGAGCCGUUGUUGCUCCUAGAUGUUUCCACUUCACAAUAACAGCACUUACAGUUGACCGGAGCAGCUCUAGCAGGGCAGAAAUUUGACUAACUGACUUGUUGGAAAGGUGGCAUCCUAUGACGGUGCCACGUUGAAUGUCACUGAGCUCUUCAGUAAGGCCAUUCUACUGCCAAUGUUUGUCUAUGGAGAUUGCAUGGAUGUGUGCUUGAUUUUAUACACCUGUUAGCAGCGGGUUUGGCAAAAAUAGCAGAAUCCACUAAUUUGAAGAGGUGUCCACAUACUUUUGUAUAUAUAGCGAAUAUUGAUAAAUCCAUAAAUAUUAAAUUAGGAACAUAAUCUAUUAAGUGCUUCAAUGUUGAUGUAAUGGAAUGAGCAGGAAAUAAAAAUAAGAAAAUGUGAUGUGUAAUAACUUUGGGCCUAUAAAAUUCCGUUGCACAUUGAGGUAGGCUGUAAAUCAAUAAGCUGCAGUUGACUUACUUCAUCAUCUUGUGCUCUAGAUUAAACACAUCUUGAGAAAUGCGAGCGCCAGGUGAGGUGAUGAGGAAUAAUUAAUAUUUUACUAGGCAAGUACAGCCAGGGUCAUCUCUCCUAUUACAGCCCAGACAAGAUAGCUGUAGGCCUAUUGUCUGUCUCCUCUUCGUCGGGUAUAGGACAACUGACCUCUUGUCAUUCAUUGUAAAGUGGGCAGAGAAAAUAAUAGUGGGCUUCUUCUCUGAGAUACAUGUUUCAGUGAGGAAACGUGUAAGUGCUUUGAGGACUUGCCUGUUAUGUUUUGUUUUUCUUUUUCUAAUGUCUAAAACAAGCAGUAGGCUAUAUAUUUUUUGUUUACCGUCAUGUUGAAUUUUCAGAUGGAAAGCUACAAGCGAAUUGGUCCAUGUCCAUGGGUUUUGAAGUAGGGGGUUCCCCAGCCUAUCAACACCUAAUAUCAACGAGGUAAACCGUUAUACUAUUCUGGCUGCGAUAGAUUUAUUAUCAUAGUACUCUACUUGUCUUAUUAUUGUUAGCUUUACAAAGUUUGUAUUCCUGUACAAAUUAACUUCAAGUGAAUAAGUACAAAUAAGAAAACUUUCCUGCAAACUUGUGGUGUUUUUGAGUUUUAAACAUUUCAAAUUUGACUUGAUUUGCCCUAACAAAAAAUUUAUCAACCCCUACAAAAAUGUCUAUUCAUUAUAAUCCACAUAAUAAUUCACAUUUCCUGUUGCUGCAGGAUUAUUUUCCUGCUGUAGCACACUGGCUCAAAUAAAAUCCUACAUCUGUAUAUGGUUAUCCAUAUGUGUAUCAGUUUUAGAAAGUAUAUGUUUGAACAUGGUAAUAUCAUCAUUAUCAACAUCAUCACUAUGUUUUAGUACAAUUUAUGAUGCUGAACUAAUGCAUGUCAAAACAUCCAUCAUGGCCAUGUAUUCCUUGCUAUUCUAAUUAGAUGUAUGCCAUCUAGACAAGGAGGCUAUUCACUAGCUCAGCAGUUGGUUUUAGUCAGGAGAGGAACUUUGCCAUUAAAAUCAAUUUGAUUAAGUUUGUGAAACAUGCAGUCCUCAGCAGACACAUGCACAGAUAGGGCUCUACCUAUGCAGAGCACAUGCCCCUUUGUCCUUCCAGUCUCUAAAGUGGCCUUUUGUUUUGGGUUAAAAAACCGUUUUGUUGUUUUUGUUCUAAACCCACUGCGCAUUGCCCUGGUCCUCAGACUGAGUCAACAUGAGUGCAAUUUUAUGCAGGAACUCGUGGAUAUGUUAUUGUGCUUGGACAAGCCAUGGGUUGUUUUCACUGCAAAAAACAGCCCUUAUGUUAACUGCAAGUCCUAAACCAUCGUGCGAGUCUACUAUUGUGUCAGAGAAUGGAAGUGAUCUAACCACUAUCCUGCAAAUCCACUAUGUGACAGAGAAUGAAAGUGAACUAACCACUAAUAUGACACAAUGCCUGAUAUGAAGUGAAAGUGUGACAAUUAUUUUAGUUUCAGUUGCUCAUGCACACUUGACUUGUCUUCAUUAUCCUGUGUUAACCUGGAUAGCCAGCAUAUUCUGGAACGUCCAUGUUAAAUGUCAUGGUUAAUUUGUCGCUGACUGUUGGCCAUCAGGUUACACAUCACCAUGGUAACAAAAGCAGAUCUCAAAAUGAGAGCAGGAAAGCCGAUAACUAAUCCCUAGAAUAUAUCACGGGGAAAAGCCUUGUAUUUGUUUCCCUCACUCUAUUUAAUUUACCUGAUAGAUGCACUGUAUUUAGACCAACUCUUUCAACACAGCUCUGAUAUUUCCUCUGGGUUCCCGCUCCUUAGACUUCCACGAAGGAAACCACCCCCUCACUGCUGAGGGAUGCCCUACCAUGGAGAGGACAGGGGGAGAGAGAUUCCACAUCACCAUCCCUCCUGAGGCCAACACACUCUGGGGACUUCCAAAGGGGUGGACAUGUACCCCCACAGAGGGAGUCCAACCAUGCUGAGGACAGACAGUGUGCUUGAUGUCCUGGGCGGCCAAUCAAAGACAGGCUUCUCCUCCAUCACCAUCACAUCCCACAGGGUAUCCCAGUCAGGGGACAGCCAAUCACAGGAGGCCCUUUAUCCCCACCUCCUGAUCCAGCCUGUCAGGUCAUCCAUAUCUUUAGACCCAGUCAUGAGUCCUGUCCUGUCCUCAGCCAUUCUAAAGCACUCUGAGUUGGUGACCAGACACAAUGCCACCAUAGUGAAGGUGACAGAGUACAGACAGAGCUACUAUGCAGGUGACAGGGUCCAGAUGAGCAGGCCGGGAACGAGGACUGCCAGGCCUGAACAAGCACAGUUACAUAGGUGGGGACAGGCACAAGGACAAUGGAAGCUCCUACAGGCCUUUGUCUCUACAACCCUCUUUCCACUCCUGCGUCCAGCUUGAGGUACCUCUGAGGUCUGCGAAUUUGGUCCUGUAUCUGGACAAGUCACUGUCGAUCUCCAUAGGACAGCCAGAGGGAAAAAAGCAGGUUGUGCACAGGUCCACCCUGUCGCUGUACGUUGGGAGCUCGUCCCAUAUUAGAACCCCUAUGGAUAACCCCAAAACACAUCAGGACCUUCUGAGAUCUAUGGGGGCACUAAGAUGCACCCAUAGGUGGCACCAACCAGAGACUGAUGUGGGUCACAAGUCAAAGGGUCUACGAGGUCCCCAAAAUGGCAGAUACUGA